UGUCACUGAUGUAUUGUGGUAUAUUCGCCAGACUUCGGUGCAGGCACUUCAGUCCCCACUUAGGAACAGUGUGACAAGCCAGAACGGUUGUCUGGACUCUGCCCUGCGCCCGACUGGCGACCAGUCCAGGACGUUGUCCGCCGGGAGUCUGCUGGGAUAGGGUCCAGAGCCCUCAAGAGGAUAAACGCUAAAAUGGCAGCGAGACAAAGCGAGGCCACCACACGCAACGCAUAGUUUUAACGUGACGUAUGCCCAUCAAAUGCUAGUUGCCCGUUCGAACGAGUCUUCCGGAGGAUGUGAUGUCGUCACAUCUUAAACGCGUGAAGGGGCAACUUCGCUCUGACGCGUCGCUUUUUUCGCUCUUUGAACUUUGUGAUGAGAAGUUGUUCACCUGGACCAGUUGGGACCACAGCGCGCCCGUGUGAGCGCAGAGCUCCGACCGAACCAAAUUAUCCGACCCAAAGGGAUUAACACCAAGAGCGGCUCUCAACCGGCAGCACCAGCAGCGGGGAUGGAGAACAUCACCGGCAAUAAACUGACUCACAGUGGACAAGCUUUAUUCGCAAGGAAGUUUCUGGUGGUUUCAGACGUCCUGUGCCUUUUCCUAGUUUCCAUCCCUUUCUUUUUAAGUGAGCUAAAAAUGGUCAGACCAUACACAAGAGGCUUCAUUUGUGGGGACACCAGCAUCGCCUACCCGUACCUGCAGUCGGAGGUCAUAUCGGACAAACUGCUCAUUGCUGGCGGCAUCCUUAUCACGGGCCUCGGUAUCGCUGUAGGGGAAUGUUACCGCGUGCGCUUCCUUGGCGUCACCUCCAAGGCCUUCCUCAGGAACAAGUAUGUGUCCUGUCUCUACAAGGAGUUGGGCUCCUUCCUGUUUGGCUGCUGCGUCGGCCAAUCCCUGACAAACGUAGCCAAGCUGAGCAUUGGCCGACUGCGGCCACACUUCUUGUCGGUGUGUGGUGUCACCUACGUCUCACUCAACUGCACGCAUGGAACCUAUUUGGAGUCUGUCAGAUGCAACAGUACUGACCACCGUUCUAUAGAGGAGGCCAGGAAGUCCUUCUUCUCUGGUCAUGCCUCCUUUGCGAUGUACACGAUGCUGUAUUUAGCUUUUUAUCUUGAAGCGAGAUUGACAUGUCGCGAAGCCCGCCUAGUGAGACCCGUGCUGCAGUUCUUUCUUUUUCUGCUGGCCAUCUACACGGGUCUGACCCGCAUCACCGACAACAGACACCAUCCAUCGGACGUCCUUGUCGGCUACAUCCUUGGAGCACUCACCGCAUACUGGGUGGCCUUCUACAUCUCUUCCAUGUUUAAGAGACCCAUCUUGCAUCAAUCCCAAGAUGAGACCCAGAAUGACCACUUAUCAGCACACCACAGCAUCUGCUAAAGCUCACCUCCACCAUCCCUCUCAGCGUGCCUCGGCAUCCAUCAGCAAGUACACUUCACAGCUGUACUAGAAGCAACACCAUUUUUCCUUUUCAUUGGUGAAGUCAUGUGCAACCAACCUUGUGACUCAGUUAUGAUGAUUGUGUCAGUGACCAACCACUGUAUGUGAAGUAUAUGCAAUUUUUUUAUCCGAAACAGCACUUAAUCUGAGUGUAACCACAAUGACGAUGUUCAUCCAUUCAUCCGUUAUCCAAUCCGCUCAACCUCACGAGGGUUGCGGAGUGUGCUGGAACCUGUCCCAGCUGUCUUUGGGCAAUUGGCGGGG